CCCCCCCACCCCUCUCCCUCCAUGACUCCAGCCUAUCUGAAUACAGCAUCCUCUUCUUUCCCUUUUGUGGAUCUAAGAGAAGAGCAAAACCUGCAGCUCUUUCUGUCACCACAUCAAGCUGCCACUUCUCUCUCAGGUCCUACUAAUUUCUUUAACACAAGUGCUCAUGAUCAUCAAAGAGAAACCAAACCUGGAGAGUCGCGCCAGCACGAUAAUCAGGAGGUUGACAUGAACAACAUAUCACAUGGCGGAUCAAGCUCUUCUUUUCAACCUGAGGUGAAUGAUCACAAUUAUAAUAGCAAUUUCCAUAACUUAUCCUCAUCUAAAAUGGAGGAUGGAGCUGAAGAAAGUGGUGAAAGUUCAGUCAAAUGGAUGCCCUCGAAGAUGAGGCUGAUGCAAAAAACGACCAACUCGAAUUGCUCAGAAACUGAUCAUAUGCCAAUGAAAUUUAUGCUCAAGUUUCACAAUCAGCAAUAUCAGAAUAACGAGAUCAACUCCUCCAGCAACAGCAACAGCAACAGCAAUAUUAGAGUCUGCUCGGAUUGUAACACUACCUCAACCCCACUUUGGAGGAGCGGUCCGCGCGGCCCUAAGUCACUUUGCAAUGCCUGCGGGAUUCGGCAAAGGAAGGCCAGACGGGCUAUGGCAGUAGCCGCAGCGGCUGCAAAUGGCACAGUUAUUGCCAUCGAGGCAUCGUCAUCUACGAGGAGCACUAAGGUAAACAACAAGGUAAAGAAAUCGAGGACGAGCCAUGUUUCGCAAAACAAGAAACUGAGCAAGCCUCCUGAAUCAUCUCUUCAGAGUCAAAAGAAGCUUUGUUUCAAAAAUCUCGCAUUAAGUUUGAGCAAAAAUCCAGCCUUACAACAAGUGCUUCCGCAUGAUGUGGAAGAAGCUGCAAUCCUUCUAAUGGAACUAUCUUGUGGCUUUAUUCACAGCUGAGUCAUUUUUAUGCGCUUUCGAUCUUUGAUUUAAUUCUAGGAACUUGUCAGUUAAUUUGUUUAAUUUCUGUCAGUGAGAGGGUUUUUUUUUUCUUUCUUUCCCUGCAUGCUGCAAACCAAAGCUAGUACGGGCUUGCUUGCUUGCUUCCUAUCAGUUUGUCUUGGGAUAAUUGUAAUCAGUAAUAAUAUCUAAGGUCUUCCAGGCACGUAAUUCAAUUGCUGCUGUUCUUGUA